AUGAAGCGAGCGAAAGAUAUGUAUGAGCGGGCAAGGCUUACUUCGUCUAUCAAAGAGAACCCAAGAUUGCGUGCAGCGGCUGAGGAACUAAAGAAGAAUGGCAUUAAAAUCAGCGACGCAGUUGGUGAGGCCGUCAGGUCAUUGGAAGCAAGUGGGUUUUACCAAGGGAUUACACGGGCUACAGCUGCGGUGUCAUCCGCUGUGGCCACUUCAACCGAACCCAUUCGCAACACGGAGGCUUACAAGGCUAUUUCCGAGGCUGUAGCGGAAGCGCUAGAUGACAGUGGCGCUUCCCGAUACGGAGGUUACGAAGAGAAAGAGGUUAGAAGAAAAUUGCGCGAGAAGCGACUAGCCAAGGCUGGAAUGCAAGGCGGAAUGGCGCGUGCGCAGCGCAUAAAAGAAGAUCCAGAGGCAGGUUCCGCUAUGGUCUUACACCAGGACGCAGGAAAAUAUGAGAAAUGGGAAGAAAUGAAACAAACAAACCCAGUUUUACGAACUUUUGCAUCCUGGAAAGCUGCCUACGAUGAGUCCGAGAAUCCCAUUGUGUCUGGACUCCGAUCCAUGACAACUACCAUUGGGAGCUGGUUCGACGAAACAGAGACUGCGCAAGUAACACGGGUUAUGAGACUGAUGGAUCCCACAUUUAACAUGGAGUCGUUCAUACGCGAGUUACGGGAAUACAUUAUCCCCGAAGUAGUGGAUGCGUAUUUGAGUGCCGAUAGAGAAGGGUUGCAGCAGUGGUGUGGAGAAGGGACAUUCAAUAUGCUCUGGGCAACAAUGGAGCAAUACACGAAGCAGGGUCUCAUCAGUGAGAGCAAAGUUAUCGACAUUGCCAACGUUGAUGUUGCGAAGGGCAACCUUCUGGAAAACAAUGUUCCCGUAUUUGUUGUGAGCUUCUCGACACAAGAGGUCCUCGUGUUUCGCAACGCAAAAACCGCAGAGGUUGUUGUGGGAGCACCAGACCGUGUUGAGCAGUGCUCAUACGCCGUCGUUAUCACUCGAGUAGAAGAUGAAUUAGACAACGAAUUGACGGGUGGGUGGAAAAUAGUUGAGAUGGCCCGACGCUCCGCGAGGUCGCACCUCUAA